AUGUCUGCCCAAGACGCCGUCACAAACGUUCAAGCGAAACCUGCGGACAAACCUGAAGAGGCGUCCAAAGCCAAUGGCGAUAUCAAAGUUCCCAAGAUCAGUGUCGAUGCGCCCACCUCACCAAGCGGCUCGAUACCGCCUGCGGGACAACUCUUGACCGGUAAACAAGAGCAUUAUCUCAAGCGAGAACUCAUCUCCCGUCAGGUCUCGGACGAGAUCACGGAGUUGAGCAGUCCGACUGCCCUUCAACGAUUUGGCGCCCCUUUCCGUUCGCAAUAUGGCGAAGUCUCGCCUAUGGACUCUGAGCUGCCCAUUCUGCGAUACAUCUUUGUCAAUCAUGUCCGCAAUUUCCCCUUCCUCGACCAGGCGAAAGAGAAGGAGUUCUGGCAAGACAAAUUACAGACUUUUCUGGAAUCAUUUGCUAGCAAAUACAUCUCCUCCUCGGAAGACAGGCUGGAAGAGACCAAAAGGAGAAAACUGGCGAGAAAGUCUGAAAAGUUGGUCGAGCUGAUGAUGGUGUCUGGCGUGCCCACGGCUUCUGGUUAUGAAGAGAGAAUACGUUUCGCCGAGAUGGAAGUUGUGGAACGGGGCGCGAACGAACAAGGCCUGGUUGUGAAUAUCCCUGAAGGGAACUACAUCAAUGACUGGGAUGUCAAUGUGGCCGGUGUGAGAAUCGCCUCAGUCAAGCGGACUGUUCGCUACCAUCAACACGCUGAGUUCCUGAUACGGGUCAAAAGACCCAAUCAACCCGAAAUAUACGUUGGCAGGCGGUAUGGUGACUUCGUAAAGCUGCACAAAAGACUACGGACGGAGAUGCCGGGGAAGAUCCUCCCGCCUCUCCCCAGGAAGAACAAAUCCUCCACAUUCGCAUCCGUCCAUCCGUCAGGGUAA